CAUCGAUUUCAGCUUUUUUUUCAUCAUCAAUAAUUGUGUGUUCACCAAUAAAGCCAUUGUCGAUACUUUGUAGCGUUUGUUUUUUAUGUUUUUUUUUAUUAUUGAUGAUAGAAAUUUAUAAAACAGAUCGGUCUUUUCUUUGACGAUUAGUGCCUUUAUUUCUAAUCUGAAAACAGAAUGUUCAUUGUUUUUGUGUGUGUUUGUGUUUGAACCGAUGCUGAAAACCAAGAUAUCAAAGUGAUCGUAAAUGUCGAAUGGAAUUUUCGCCUUCAAAAACUUUUUUUUUUUUUUUUUGUAUUAACUUUGAACAAUGCGACUUUUCAUCAUCUUGAAUGAACUAUACACUAUGUGUAGGUGAAUUUGAACAAAUAACAAAAAAAAUGACCACAACGACCACUAAUAAUGAAUAAUCAAAUAAAAAUGUCAUCAUCAUUACGAAGAAAAUAUUAUGAUGAUUGGUUGAGAUUUUCGUUAUGGCCAUCAAUCUUAUUGUGGAUUAUUUUGGCCACUGUAUUCACAUUGAUCCAUUGCCAAUGUCCAUGGCCUCGUACACCAAUACAUGUAUCAUUACAUUCAGAUUGUGUAUGUGGUUAUUCGAAUGUACGCCGUUUAUCGGUACAAUGUUCACCUAUGGCAAAUUUUAGCCAAUUAUUAGAGGUACUUAAUUCACCAUCCGUACAACGAUUACCUAUCGAUCUGUUAUAUAUAAAUAAUGCAACUGGAUUAAGUGUUUUGCCUAAAAAUGCUUUCAAAAAACUGGAUAUUCAACAGAUUCAUUUGGCCAAUACCUAUCUCGAGAGGAUUGAUAAAGAUGCAUUUGCUGGUCUUGAAAAUAGAUUGAAUAGUUUAACAUUACAAAAUACGGGAUUAAAAGAAAUUCCAGCACCAAUAAAAACUUUGAAAUCAUUGAAAACACUUGAUUUAUCUAGUAAUCGUAUACGGAAAAUUCGUCCACGUGCAUUCGAAGAAUUGAAUCAAUUAUCUACAUUACGAUUAGCAUUUAAUCAUGAUCUUCAUUUAGACGUUGAAUCAUUUGUUGGUCUUGGUAGAACAUUGAAAAAUUUAAAUAUAAAAGGAAUCAAUCUAAAACAUAUACCAGAAGCGAUAUUAAAUUUAACCGAAUUAGCAUUUCUAGAUUUGGCACAGAACAAAAUUGAAGAGAUCAAGCCACGAAUGUUUCGAAAUCAUCAUCUAUUGACAGCAUUAUCAUUAGAACGAAAUUUAAUACGAUCAAUGCAUCCGGAUACAUUUGUCGGACUGAAUGAUUCGCUUAGUUCACUUUCAUUAUUGAACAAUAUGUUGAUUGAAUUUCCAUUGUUAGCAUUGAGUAAACUUACAGGAUUAAGAGUUCUUGAUUUAGGUUUCAAUGCUAUUCGUCAAUUACCCGAUCAAGCAUUUCGUUCGAAUGAACUAUUAACAUUAUUAGCAUUGGAUGGUAAUCCAUUGAAAACAUUAUCAUUACAAACAUUUAAACAUCUGAAUAAUUCAUUACGUGGUCUAAGUGUUGGUGGAAAAUUUUUCGAAUGUGAUUGUAAAGUACGAUGGUUAGCCGAAUGGGCACGUGAAUAUAGCCUACAGAUUACUAGUAGAGAAAGAAAUCCACAAUUUUGUUCAAGGCCACAACAUUUACGAAAUAAAUUAUUCACAUUUAUUGAUUUGGAUGAUUUUGUCUGUCCACCAUUGAUUCCCAAUAAUCAUUUAUCAUCAAAAUCAUCGAUAACAAUAAUUCCAACUACGACAACAACAACAACAACAACAUCAACAACAACCAAAGCGAUUCCUACAAGUUUCACUUCAUCUUCAACGACAAAACCAUCGACAAUAACAUCGACUAUGAAGAAAACAACACCUUUAGCGACAACCACUUUAAAAUCUACAAUGAUAACCACAACAGCAAAUGAAAAUACAUCAUCAACGGAAUCAUUAUCCAAAGCUGUGACUAGUUAUGUUCAAGUUGUUCCAAUGAUAAAUGAAGAAAAGAUUGAACCAUUUUCAACAACAGCUCGAACGACAAUCAUCAAACCAGCUUUAACAUCAACAUUCAAUCGACAAAAUAUUCCUAAAAUAGACAAUAAAUCUUGGCAAAUACCAACAUCGACUGUUCGAUCUUCUUCAUCACAUCAUCAACAUCAUUCAGUUGGUCCUGCAACAUUGAAAUUAACCGAUGCAAAUUAUCGAAAUGGAUCCAUACAUCUUCGUUGGGAAACAUUAAAACCAAGCAUCUUAGGAUAUCAAGUGCUUCAUCGUUAUUUUGGUUCGAAAGAAUUCUAUCGUUCCGAGCUUCUAAUACCAUUAACAAAUAGUUAUACUAUCGAUAAACAUGUAAAACAAAAUGAAUUGAUUAUUGUUUGCGUGGUUAAUCUUGAUUCAAAUGAUCCUGAAUUGAUCAAUUAUGAUGAGGAAGGUGAAAAUAUCAUACCGAAUGGACAAUGUCGAGAGCUAAGUACACGAGAACCAAUAGUGAAGAAAACAAUGCCAACACGUACCGGUUCAGCUACAUCAACAACAACAUCAUUAUCAUCAUUCUAUCCAACAUUAAAACGAUUAAAUGAUAUUGAUAAAAUUGUCAUUGGAAUAUCGGCGGCCGUCUGUCUAUUCAUUAUCAUUGCUGUACUAAUAUUUAGUUGUUGUUUUUAUCGAUCAUCAUCAAAAGAUUCACCAUUACGAACAUUGAGCACGAAUGCUACCUGUUUAUCUACUAAAUCAUUAUCACCAUUGGCUAAAUCAACAUUUGAUCAUGAAUGGGAAACCGUAUCGGUUUAUAGUACAAGAAGUAUUCCACGUGCUCGUAUUACACAUACGAUGCCUAUCGGUCCACCACCAACAAUACAACAUACAGAUACAUUACGAUCAUAUCAUCAUAAUGGUUACACACAUCCAGUAUCACGUUAUAUUGGAUCAACAUUACCAACACCGCAAAAAUCACCAAAUUUUCAUAGUCCAUGGUUAGAAAGUUAUUUACAUCAUUAUCCAUCAGUAAAUCAUAUGCAUGCAAUCAGUUAUGGAACAUUGGUUACGGCCAAUGGUGGUGGUGGUUCAUCACUUAUACCAUAUGGUAGUGCACACAAUAAUGGUGUUGCUUAUAGUAUGGAUACAUUUAGUAAUCAUGGUCAUCAUCUAGUUGAACGAAAUAAAUCAUCAUCAAAUAAUAUUAAUCAUCAAAAGACAACACAAUCAUCGAAAUCGGGAAAAAAUCGACAACAAUCUCAACCUCAACAACAACAAAGACAACAAUAUUACAAAAGCCAUAUUGAUCUACGUAGCAAUGCCGAUAGUAGUAAUGGUAGUAGUUCGAAUCGAAUGUUAUUAUCAUCAACAAGUACAACUAGUAAUUCAUAUCAAUCACAAAAUGAUUAUGAUUCUGAUCAUCAUCAUCAUAAUCAUAAUCAAAAUCAUCAUUGGAAU